GCAGAGCGAUUUGGUGCGCCGCCUGCUGGCAGGAGGAGGGUGAGCAAACGGGGCCGCACGACCUGCUGCCCUCCAGCCCGGCUCGGAUUGGCUAACUGCUGGGAGGGAACUUCCCAAGUGCUGGGAAUUCAGGCGUGCCAGGAGGCGGAAGUGCUGCCUUCGAGGCCGCCCUAGGAAGGGCGGAAGUGGGCGGCGUGGAGGAAGUGGCUGCAGUGAGGGCGGAAGGCGGGGUGGCGGGACCAGAGGCGAGGUUCUGUUCACGCUGGGCUGUGGCCCCGCCGGGCUGUGGUCAUGGAACUCAGCGCCGACUACCUCCGCGAGAAGCUGCGGCAGGACCUAGAGGCAGAGCAUGUGGAGGUGGAGGACACGACUCUGAACCGUUGCGCGACCAGCUUCCGAGUCCUGGUGGUAUCGGCUAAGUUCGAGGGAAAGCCACUGCUCCAGAGACACCGGCUGGUGAACGAGUGCUUAGCCGAAGAGCUCCCGCACAUCCAUGCCUUUGAGCAGAAAACUCUGACCCCAGAGCAGUGGACCCGACAGCGGCAGGAAUGAGGGACCCAGGCCUGAACAAGCAUUAAAUUUUAAACCUGGCCCAGCUGGUUUCAGUGUGCUGUUUGAAGACUGAGGCUGAGUCAAGGAAGUGGCUUUUCCCUGACUCUCCUCCAGCCAUUGUUUUGGCAAAUUUGGAUGAAUUUCUUUCCUGAACCCUCUAGGUCCCAACCUAAAUAGAUGGAAGUUCUGUUCUUAAA